AAGGGUUUAAGACACUGGCGCAUUUCAGCAGAGGUUUUGGGAACAGGUGGUGAAACCUCCAAUGGCAAACCAUCAAUGGCGUCGUUUACUACCUUCUCGCUUCCAUUUCAAUCGUUUCUUCUCCUCUUCAACAACCUCACCUUCUCUUUCUUCUUCGCGCCAUCGCCGUGUCGUCGUCACUGGCUUAGGCAUGGUAACGCCUCUUGGUUGCGGUGUUGAUACGACAUGGAAGAGACUAAUUGAAGGUGAAUGUGGAAUUAGAGCAGUAACUUGUGAGGAUCUUAGAUUGGAUAAUUUCGACGACGAAACUCAAUCUCAUGUUUUUGAUCAACUUACGUCUAAAGUUGCAGCUGUUGUUCCUUCUGGAACUACUGUUGGUCAAUUUAACGAUCAAUUGUGGUCUAAGGAGCAUAGGUCUAUUUCGAGGUUCAUAGGGUAUGCACUAUGUGCUGCUGAUGAGGCUCUUAAAGAUGCAAACUGGUCUCCAACUAAACAGGAGGAGAAAGAAAGAACUGGAGUAUCCAUUGGUGGUGGUAUUGGGAGCAUGUGUGAUAUUGUGGAUGCUGCACAGCUGAUUUGUGAAAAGCGUCUUCGGCGGCUGAGCCCAUUUUUUGUUCCUAAGAUAUUAAUUAAUAUGGCUGCUGGCCAUGUGAGCAUGAAGUAUGGAUUCCAGGGACCAAAUCAUGCUGCAGUGACCGCUUGUGCAACUGGGGCACAUUCCAUUGGAGAUGCUGCUCGUAUGAUUCUAUUUGGAGAUGCAGACGUUAUGGUGGCCGGAGGAACAGAAGCCAGCAUUGAUGCCUUAUCUGUCGCAGGUUUUUGCAGGUUAAAAGCUUUGUCCACGAAGUACAAUUGUUCCCCUUCUGAAGCCUCUCGACCUUUUGAUAUUGGACGUGAUGGUUUUGUAAUUGGUGAAGGUUGUGGUGUUAUGGUAUUGGAGGAACUUGAACAUGCAAAGGAACGCGGUGCAAAAAUUUAUGCAGAGCUUUGUGGCUAUGGGAUGUCAGGUGAUGCAUAUCACAUAACUCAACCUCAUAAUGAUGGAAGAGGUGCCAUCCUGGCUAUGACAAGUGCUUUAAAACAGGCAGGUCUUCAUUCUAACCAAGUAGACUAUGUAAAUGCUCAUGCUACAUCAACACCUUUAGGUGAUGCCAUAGAAGCCACUGCAAUCAAAGCAACAUUUGGUGAGCAUGCGAAGUCUGGUGCUUUAGCAUUUUCUUCAACCAAGGGUGCUAUUGGACAUCUUUUAGGGGCGGCCGGAGCUGUAGAAGCUAUAUUCACUGUCUUAGCGAUUCAUCAUGGAAUUGCGCCAUUAACUCUCAAUCUUUCUCGGCCAGACCUUAUAUUUUCAGAUGCCUUCAUGCCACUGACUGCAUCGAAAAAAGUGACCAUUACAGCAGCUAUGUCAAAUUCUUUUGGCUUUGGAGGAACAAAUACGUCUUUGUUGUUUAAUAAAGUUUCUUGAGAUGUUGCCGGUAUAUGUUUAGGACUUAAGAGUGUAUCUUUCUUAUAAAACGAAGAACAACAUUUUCGUUCAGGAAAUUUGCUGGCAUGUAUUGGUUGUUCUUUGUACUUUUUACUUGAAUGCAGUAAAAGCUGUAUCGAUUUACUGAAACCAUUGCAGUUUGUUUCACUGCAUAGGCCUUCCAUGUGUCUCUGACAACCGACGGUACAUUUAACUGGCAACUGUUCCAUCUUUUUCA